UAAAAACUAAUAGAUCUGUUUGUUUUAUUUAUUUCCACGCUAAAAAAGCAAAAACAAAAAAGAAGAGGGGGAAGAGAGAGACACGAGCAUUGAAAUCUUCCUCGUUUUCUUGGGGUUUAACCUAGAGCGAGAAAGAGAAAGGAAUUUUGCCCGCAGAGGGAAAGGGAGAGAAUCCGAAGAGGGAGAGAGAGUUGCUAAAAGAGAAUCUCAAAAGAGGAGACGGAAAGAGAUGGAUUUGGAUCAAUGGAUAGCGAAGGUGAAAGAAGGGCAACAUCUGUUGGAGGAUGAACUUCAGCUUCUCUGUGAAUACGUCAAAGAGAUCCUCAUUGAGGAGUCUAAUGUCCAGCCUGUCAACAGUCCGGUUACUGUUUGUGGUGAUAUCCAUGGCCAGUUUCAUGAUCUAAUGAAGCUUUUCCAGACAGGAGGUCAUGUACCAGAGACAAAUUACAUAUUUAUGGGAGAUUUUGUUGAUCGUGGUUACAAUAGUCUUGAAGUUUUCACUAUUCUUUUGCUUCUUAAAGCAAGAUACCCAGCAAACAUUACUCUUUUACGCGGUAAUCAUGAAAGUAGGCAGCUAACUCAGGUAUAUGGUUUCUAUGAUGAGUGCCAGAGAAAGUAUGGGAAUGCAAAUGCAUGGAGGUAUUGUACAGAUGUUUUUGACUACCUAACACUCUCAGCGAUUAUAGAUGGGACUGUGCUUUGUGUCCAUGGUGGCCUUUCUCCUGAUAUACGGACAAUUGAUCAGGUUCUGUUUCUCUUAUCUUCUGCUGUUCUGCUUGUAGUAGCAUAAAUAUCAGUUCUUGUACAAACUCAGAUUUUGUUAAUGUUUACUGUUACCUCAAUGUUCCUCCAUUCUUGCGUUAUGAACCUCUAUGAAGAGGUUCCCUUUUUUUAAAAAAAUAAAUAAUAAAAAGUAUAAUCUAUGAUGAGGUUCACCUGGUUCCAGUUUGCAAAUUUGAAUUGGUUUAAUCUAUGACUCAACUCUUCUAUGAAUUUUGUGGCAUAUUAAGUACUAAAACUAGGGACAUGCUAUGUUUAGAAGCAUUGAUGUGACAUUCUGAAUGAAGAAAAGAUAAUGACAGUAAUAAUGACAUUCUUUAUGGAACAACCAUGAUAACAAA